CGGCGGCUCAUGUGUCGGUGAAGUCAGUCCUGUGUCACAGAAAAACAGAGCAGAGCGAGCUGCAGCAUGGAGUGCUAGGGGAGCAAGGGCACGGGCUUGCAUCACCAAGAAGCUGGGUCCAGAGAAGUUUGUACCCGCUCUGCUCAGGACUUCAGUACCAAUGUCUCUUAUCAUCACCUCUACCCAUUGGAAACUGAAACCAGACCUCCUAUAGCCUCCAAAGUCUUCUGUGGCGGAUAUUUUCCCCAAGAGAGAAUACCAGUGCCUGGCUGAAAACCAGCCCCUGUACCACAAUGAGCUCUGAAUGUGAAGUCGAUAUUUCAAAAACAGUGGUAAAUGGAUUAACCUCAACCAGUAAUGGUCAAGAAAAAGCUACUGACGACCCUUUAUGUGCACGCUCUAUUUCUGCUGUUAAAAUAAUUCCUGUGAAGAAAGUGACAAACUCUUCUGGCCUAGUCCUUCCUCCAGAUAUGGAUCCCACAAAAAUUUGCACUGGAAAAGGAAUGGUGACCCUCCGGGCAUCUUCUACACACAGGGAAUCUCCGAGUGCCAGCCCUGUGAGCCCCCAGGAGACCGUGCUCUCAGAAAGUAAACCAGGUCUGGAGCCAGAAAAUUUCCCCACAGAUGAGUGGAGACUAUCCUCUAACGCGGAUACAAACGGGAAUGCUCAGCCCUCUUCCUUGGCUGCCAAGGGCUACCGAAGUGUGCACCCCAAUCUUCCUUCUGACAAGUCACAGGUUUCCUCCCCUCCUCACCCUCGUUUUCCAAAAGAGCAAGGCUUUGCAUGGCAGCCACGCACUGAAGCUAGGCUUUCCUCUUCGCCUGUGCCCUUCAAGGACAGUGUGUACCUGAGUUCACCGAAGCCUUAUGUGCCCCAAGGUGCUUCUAUCCAGCACCGUCCCUCCUCUUCCCCAGCUGUGCCUUCUUCCCAGGUAGUCAGCACAGCUCCCAGAAUCACGGUGUGUGCUGGCCGGGCAUUCUUGCCUACUAGCUCCACAUUCCCUGCCACGUCAUCCCGAUACCAGAGCCCCUGGGAGGCUUCCAGGGCAGAAGAUAGCCCUAAUGUGAGCUUUAAUCCCCGUCACGAGGCAGGAAUGAAUAAAAAAAAGGUCAGCAGCUUGUAUGUCGCUUGUUUAUCCAACAACACUGGCCCCACUGCAUCUGAGAACUCCCCUAGGCUUGCAUGUGACCAAAGCCAAAGCAACCCUUUGGAAGGCCGGGUCAUCGGAGCGGCAGCACGGGCUCCUGGCGUUGGGUCCUCCUUGCCUGGUGGUGCUGAACCAUCACGCCUUGCUUCUCUUCACGAUCCUCUCCAGCUGUCCUUUAACACCCUCAUCGGUAGAGAUGCAGUUAGCCAGGGUGAAAGUCCUCCUCUGGGGACCGAGUCUCCUGUCCCAGAAGCAGUGAGACCACCUGUGCUAAGUGCCCAGAUUCCUUCUGGCCAAGGGACCCUGAAGAGAAAAGAACGUUCCUUUCCCCGACGGUGGUAUCCAGCCAAGGAUGCUACUUCCUCCAACACAGUUCAGCCAGGGAUAAUAGUAGUCCCUCUGUACCUGGUUAACACAGACCAAGGGCAAGAAGGCACUUCCAGAACACCACCACCACCUCUGGUGGCCCUGGACCAAGUAGCCACAUUCCCAGCGACUGCCUCUGCGGGCUCGCCUCUGACCUUUCCGACAUUAGAUGAUUUCAUUCCCCCUCAUCUGCAGAGGCGGUCCCACCAUAACCAGCCAGCCAGUCCUUCUGGCUCAGGGCCCCCCGUUAGCCAGAAAGCGCCAUCACCCUCUCCACCUCCUCCACUGGUCCCUCCAGGCCCGGAGGCCCUGCACAGAGUGUCGAAGGCUGACCUCCCUGGAGCUGUCUCAAGUACAGGUGCAGAUUCUCUGGUAAAUGAAGUUUCUUCAUCCCGCAUUGGGACUGAUUCCCAGAUUUUCCCACCAGUCAGCAAGCCUUCAUCUGCUUAUCCUUCCACCACCAUUGUUAACCCCACUAUUGUGCUUCUGCAACAUAAUCGAGAACAACAAAAGAAACUUAACAAUCUAACAGAUCCUGUUCCAGAGAGAAGGAAUGAAGAGAAAGUAGACUCAGCACCAACGUGGGAGAAAGUUGUUCAGCCUAGCACAAGACCAGAUAAAGUAAUAAAGGAUGAAAGCAGAAGACUGGUUAAGAGCCCUCAGUGUCUAAGUGAUGGUUCCAUGGAUGAAGUGGGCAUUCCACUAAGGAAUACUGAGCGAUCCAAAGACUGGUAUAAGACGAUGUUUAAACAGAUCCACAAACUAAACCGAGACACUCCUGAAGAAAACCCUUAUUUCCCCACCUACAAAUUCCCUGAACUUCCUGAAAUCCAGCAAAAGCCUGAAGAAGACAAUCCUUACUCUCCUACCUACCAGUUUCCUGCGUCUACUCCUAGUCCUAAAUCAGAAGAUGAUGAUUCAGAGCUCUACUCCCCUCGAUAUUCAUAUUCUGAAGACACAAGAAUACCCUUUUCAGUGCCUCGUUCAAAAAGUGAGAUGGAAUACAUUGAAGCAGAGAAGGUGGUCAAGAGGUCCGCCACGCUGCCCCUGCCUUCCCGCUCUACAUCUUUGAAAUCAAGCCCAGAAAGAAAUGACUGGGAGCCCCCAGAUAAGAAAGUGGACACUAGAAAAUACCGUGCAGAACCCAAAAGCAUUUACGAAUAUCAGCCUGGCAAGUCCUCAAUUCUGACAAAUGAAAAGAUGACUCGGGAUAUAAGCCCAGAAGAGAUAGAUUUAAAGAAUGAACCUUGGUAUAAAUUCUUUUCGGAAUUGGAGUUUGGGAGACCGCCUCCAAAAAAGAUAUGGGAUUAUACUCCUGGAGACUGCUCUAUCCUUCCUAGAGAGGAUAGAAAGAAUACGAGAGCCAGCCUCACUCCAGAAACCACUGCUGAGCGUUCUGCCUACUCAUAUUCACCUAACAUCCAUGCAGUGAAGAGAGAGUCAGACAUGGCUCCAGGGGAUUCCACUGGUUUGGAGAAUGAAAGACAGAUUUACAAAAGUGUUUUGGAAGGUGGAGACAUUCCUCUCCAGGGACUAAGUGGUCUCAAGAGGCCCUCUAGCACUGCUUCCACUAAAGAUUCAGAGUCUCCUCGGCACUUCACACCAGCUGAAUACUUGGAAACUACUGAAGAUUUUAUUCGAAGGCGUCAUGAUGACAAAGAGAAACUUUUAGCGGACCAGAGACGACUUAAGCGUGAACAAGAAGAAGCUGAUAUUGCAGCUAGACGACACACGGGUGUUAUUCCAACCCACCAUCAGUUUAUCACUAAUGAGCGGUUUGGGGACCUCCUAAAUGUAGACGAUACAGCAAAGAGGAAAUCUGGGUUAGAGAUGAGACCUGCCAGAGCCAAAUUUGACUUUAAAGCUCAGACGUUAAAAGAGCUUCCUCUGCAGAAAGGAGAUAUCGUUUACAUUUAUAAGCAGAUUGAUCAGAACUGGUAUGAAGGAGAACACCAUGGCCGAGUGGGGAUCUUUCCACGAACGUACAUAGAGCUUCUUCCACCAGCAGAAAAGGCACAACCCAAAAAGAUGGUACCCAUACAAGUUUUAGAAUAUGGAGAUGCUGUAGCUAAGUUUAACUUCAAUGGAGACACCCAGGUGGAGAUGUCCUUCAGAAAGGGGGAGCGGAUCACGUUAAUUAGACAGGUGGAUGAGAACUGGUAUGAAGGAAGAAUCUGUGGUACCACUCGACAAGGCAUCUUUCCCGUUACAUACGUGGAUGUGAUCAAGCGACCUCUAUUGAAAAACCCAGUUGAUUACAUUGAUCUGCCAUUCUCUUCUCCAAAUCGAAGUACAACAGCUUCUCCCCAGUUUCCUAGUCAUGGCAAGCACCAUUCCCCAGCACCCCAAUCUCUGCCUUGUUCACGUCAGGUAUUAUCUCCUGAGAUGCAUGCAAUCACCUCUGAGUGGAUCUCCCUGACUGUAGGGGUUCCAGGCAGAAGCACUCCAGCUGUGACCCCACCAUUGCCCCCUCUGCCAGAUACCUCUCUUUAUAACCCUGAAUACUUUACUUCCUCAGCCCUGGCCAGUCCUACCCUUUCAGUAAGUCUUCCCCAUUCUAGCAUCUCAGAUCUCUCUAGCCCAAGCCUUUUGGUUUCUCCAUUCCCCCCUAACCCUCAGAGACCAUCUUCCACCAUUCACAAUGUCAGUGCUAUCCUUCAGUCAAAUGAAGAGAAUAUGAUAUCCUCACCAUCCUCCACUGUUAAAUGGGACACCUCUCAGCCACCACUGGGGAACUCCAAUAGUGUUAUCUCUGAGCUUAGUGAUGCCUUUAACAAUCAAGUCAAGUUCCAGCAGUGGCAAGAAGAAAACAGACAGUGUUCAAAGAAGUCUAAUAAAGAGGCAGGUGAGCAUUGUCCUGAUGGACCCAAGAUCUCAAAGAAAAGCUGCCUGAAACCAUCCGAGCUGGUCAAAUGUAUGAGCCCAGAACAGAGACUUUGUGAUAACACCCUUGGGGGAAGCCAAUCCUGCCAACAUCUUCUCAGCCCUAUUCACAGAAAUGAGGCUGAGCAAAGAGAUACCAGUGCAGGGGUCAAGCACGCUGACCUGAAAGUGAAUCAGAAUGGUGUGAGACAGCCUUCACAUCACUCAUUGAGCACAGGACCAGAUCUCACAGAGUCUGAAAAGAGCUACGUGGAAGCAGUUUGCAAUGAGAUCAUAAACAUUGCCGAAAAGUCUGUUCAUUACUGCAGUACUGUUUCUCAUCCUCUUGACUUUCGUCACAAGGUGUCUCCUACUGACAAUAAAUCAUCUCUCAUCAUUUCUCAGCAACCUCAAGCCCAGCAGCGAAGAACCACCUCUGACAGAAGUCAGAACCUACAGGAUUUAUAUAGCUACCAAGCAUUAUAUAGCUAUAAACCACAGAAUGAUGAUGAGUUGGAACUCCGAGAUGGAGAUAUUGUGGAUGUCUUAGAAAAAUGUGAUGAUGGUUGGUUUGUUGGUACUUCCAGAAGAACAAGGCAGUUUGGUACUUUUCCAGGCAACUAUGUAAAACCUUUGUAUUUAUAAGAAGCCUGAGAACCUGUGAUUGUUUUUUUAUUGGUGGAUGAAACACAAAACACAAAGCAAUCUCUUUAUCUCAAUGUUGAAUCAAUAAGUCGGUUAGUGCACGGAUGAAGUAAGAAGUCUUAAAAGGAACUUGAGGAAGUGUUGGGUUGAACGUGCAAGCCUCCUAGGGCCUUGCACAGGACUUGACUCAAAAUGGGAUUUAACAAAUGUUUCUUGAAUGAAUGAAUGUAUGUAUGUACGAAUGAACUAGGGUCCAGUUGUUUGCUGGGCAACAAGAAGUAAGCCAGACUUCUAGUUUACAUAGCUGCCUUUAUAAGCCCCACCAGUCCUUCCUCUCACCCUUCUUCCGUGAGCUGACAUGGAACUGAAUGAAAGAAGCAAGUAAUACCCCCUCAUCCUCUGCAUUUGGAAGCCAAUUCAGUUCUAGCCCAAUCCUAGGAGUGUUGAUCUAGCUGGUGUGAACCGGAGGGCUCAUUUUAGUCUGAAGCAACCCAAAGAGAACCCAAGGAAGCCAGAUCUGAUUAAGUCCUACCUUAAAGUUUGAGGGUCUGAUCCUUAUUGGGUUUGGGAAACUAGUUUGAUCAGAAACUGCUAACUUUCCUCCAAUCCAUGCCUCUCUAAUCCACCCCAGAAAGGGUCUAGAAGACCAGGGAUCAAUUUGAAGACCCUCAAAUUCACCAGAUUUGGACCCAUGCUCUUGAGACUUUAGUGGUAAGGAUAGGGAUAAUGGAAACCAGGUACCAUUCAAUGUGGGACUGUAUGAUGUGGGACUACAUUUUUUCACCCCCAUCUCCACCACAUAUCCAAGUGUUUUGACAAAAAGCAUGUAUCAUUUGCUUGUGAGAGAGGAAGUAGGUCAGAAAAACAAGUUGGAUUUGCAUCUGAUUAAAGUCAAGUAGAUCUAUAGCUUAUUGGGGUAACAUGCAACCAGUCACCAUCCAUAUCCAUAUAUAUAUAUAUACACACACACACACACACACACAUACAUAUGUAUAUUCCCUUGGAAUUUUUACUAACUUACCUUCAGAGAGACCAAGGUUAAAUUUGUUUGAUGACCAUUGUUAAGGUUUCCUGGUAUAUCAUACAUAAAACAGAGAGCACAGGACUACAAGGAUAUUUCUUACAGAAAACAAAGAAUUGGAUUCAAAAGAAAUUUUCAAAGUUCUAUUAAUCUCAGUGAAUCAAUCAAAAAUCACAUUGAUAUGAUCUAUCCUUGGAACAGAGAGAGUAAUUGCUUAAACUUAUUUUCUCUUGUCUGCAUUUAUCCAGCCAUCUAUUGGAGGACCAAAAUUCUUUGUUCCUCUGAGGGAAUGGAAGUUCAUCUCUCAGAGAUCCCAGAAUCAGAGAGAGAGCCAUCAAAUCACGACACUUACACCAGGCAGACAAUGGCUGUGGAUAUCUAAAUAAGAGCUAGCAGAACCAUAUAUAUGAAAGGAGUUCCCUGCUGGGAAGGUAGAGUAGCAUCUCCUUGAGUUCACCCAUCAUGGCUUCCAGCAGUGGAUGUAAACAUAGUAAACUUCAGCUCUCUAGACGGGUAUAGUCACUCUACCAUUACAUUAGCUCUUUUGGUACAGAGCUGCUGCUCCAUAUUUUAUUUUACCCUGAUCCCCCCUAUAUAGAACAUGUCCUGGGAAAAAUUAGGAAGAGGUAAAUAUUUCCCCUUUUAAAGGACUCUAUUCUGUACCUCAGUGGCAUCUUCUUACCUCCUCUAUCUUUGACCUUAUCAAAACCUGUUCUCAGGAAAGAACCUGACAAACUCAUUCAUAGUGACAUAAAAAUGACUAGUAAUAUUUAAUCGGUUGCCUCUUCCAGGAAAAUUUGCACUUUAACAAGGCAUGAAGCCUUAAUCAAAGAAAUAAAGAGUUAGUGAGGAAAUUUCAGAACUGGUAGGGAGAAACCAUUGGGCAAGAGGAAUCCUUUUGAUGCCUCAGAAAUCAAACUAUCUGGGCAACCAUUGUCACCAGAUUGUAGUACCCCCCCUUUUUUUGGACUCUCUCUGCAGGCAAUUUAGUAAAAACAUGUGUGUGUACAUGUGUGCAGGCACCCACAUGCCCAUUCAUAUCAGCACUAUGGCGUUAUGAUUCACUUUGAAGUGGAACUCUUGCAUUGGAUAACUAUUUUUCCGGUCUGUUUUAGAUGCAGACUGUUCUUGAUAAAAUAUUAGACCAUAGAUUUUCAGGAGGAGUGCUUCUCCAUUAGAUAGCUAACUUCUAACACCUCUAAAAUACAGCUAGAGAAUCAGACCAAUUUGUAAAAUUACAUUUUACACAUAAUGCCGCUGACAUAAGUUUAUACAUCUCCAGAGCCCCCUGUUUGUCAACCAUAUUUUCUCAUCUGUUUAAGAAGAAAAAACUUAACAUCUGCAUCAAAUUUCAACUUCCUACAUAUCACAGAACAAGUAGCCAAGGUUUCUAGUGGCUACUUCGUCUUGAGACAUUUAGGAAUAUCAAAUACUUAUUUUUAUGCUUACAAUGUUUAUACAGGUUUAUUAACAGCAAGUACAACUAACUGAUAGCAUGACUUGCAAUACAUUUUGAUAUCUUCACCAUGCUGCAGGGUCUAAAAACAUCUUUUGCAGUCUCUCUGGGAUCAGUAAAAAGAAGAAAUCACAUCUUUGAGAAGUGGGACUGUACAUAUGUAUAUUUGUAUAGACCAUGUACUUACCUUGUAUAGAAAAAAAAUAAUUUUAACAAUUUGAAUGAAAGGAAGACAGUAAGGAAGUCAUGAAGGGUUUGUUUUUGUUUUUGUUUUUUUGCAUUUUUAUUUAAAUGAAGGAAUUCCAAGUUAACCCCCAUGGAUUUUUUUUUCUUUUUAGCACAAAAAGACACUUGUAAAAUGUCACAGCUUUAAAAUCAUCAUCAUUGGGGGGAAGGGCAAUAACUCUGAUCCUCAUUUAUGAAUUUUGAAAAAUUUUCCUUUGCAGUCUUGUUUCCCUGCAGUAAUAUUUAGUCCUGUUGCUAGAAUAGGUUAAUAUGCAAAUUAUAUUCUGAAAGAAAAAAUAACUGACUUUCUAUGUAACCAGUUAAUUUAAAGGAUUGCCAUUGAGACAACACACAGAGAGCAUGUACUAUACAGACACAGAUCUUGUGUUCAUUUAUUUUUCUUUAUUGCAGUGGAUUAUGGUUUAUUUGAUAAUAAAUAGAUGUGUUGGAUUACUGCUACAUUUCCUGUACAGAUUAUUUAAUAAACCUUAUUCCGA